UUCCUGCUUUCGUUCUUGGCACUGGAUGUUGUUGAAAACAAAACUGUCAGCUGACAGGAACUUUAGACCUGGAAGUUGAUAUGAGAAGACUACAAAGAGGUCAGUGGUGCUGAGUCUCCUCCAGGCUAGUGGAACGGUUCUGGAAGUUUGCAGCACCUUUAACUAUUGCAUCUGAUCAUGUCACGUAUUCGUCAACCUCCACUGGUCACUGGCAUUUCUCCCAAUGAGGGUGUGUCAUGGACGAAGGUUACAAUCAGAGGGGAAAAUUUGGGCACAGGCCCCACUGAUCUGAUUGGGUUAUCAAUUUGUGGACAUAAUUGUCUGUUGACUGCUGAAUGGAUGUCAGCCAGCAAGAUAGUAUGUCGCGUUGGACCUGCAAAAAAUGACAAGGGAGAAAUCAUCGUCACAACAAAGUCUGGGGGCCAAGGGACAUCGACCGUUUCUUUCAAAAUUCUGAAGAAUGAAAAAAUAGAUCUUGAUCAACCUUCGGCAGUUUGGGUUGAGGAAAUGGACUGUAGUACCAUGCGUAUGAAUAGAAAAAAAGGAAUUUCCCCCUUAUCCAUCUCACCAAGUGAUCCUCUUGGAAUUAAACCAGAGACAGGAAAAGUAACGCACAAAGAGCUGGAGAGUUUGUUUCCAAAUAUGAGUGGAGAUUUCACCAAUGAAAGCUUUUCUGCAACUUGGUACCUAAUAGAGAAUCAUUCUGCAGCAAGUUUCGAUCAACUAAAAAUGGCUGCCAAUAACCUUAGAAAACAGGCCAGUAAGAAAAAUGAAGGAAGCCUUUCAUAUGUGAAAGGAGGUCUAAGUACAUUUUUUGAAGCACAGGAUGCACUAGCAGCCAUUCAUCAAAAGCUAGAAGUGGAUGGAACAGAAAAAGUUGAAGGCUCAAUGACGCGUAAACUGGAAAAUGUAUUGAACAGAGCCAGUGUUUCUGCUGAUACUUUAUUCCAGGAGGUUUUGGGUCGCAAGGACAAAGCAGAUUCUACAAGAAAUGCUCUCAAUGUUCUUCAGCGCUUCAAGUUCUUGUUUAACUUGCCAUUGAAUAUUGAGAGGAAUAUUCAAAAGGGUGACUAUGAUGUUGUCAUCAAUGACUAUGAGAAGGCUAAAUCUCUUUUUGGAAAUACUGAAGUACAAGUGUUCAAAAAAGUUUAUGCUGAAGUAGAGACCCGUAUUGAUGCUUUAAGAAAACUUCUUCUUGAUAAACUUCUGCAGACUCCAUCUACCUUGGUGGAUCAGAAGAGAUAUAUUAGAUACCUGUCCGACCUCCAUGCUCCAGGUGACCCAGCAUGGCAGUGCAUUGUGGCACAACACAAGUGGAUUUUGAAGUUGAUGCAAAAUUGUAAAGACACCUAUGUUACAGAACAUAAAGGGCCUGGAGUCCUUCUAAGUCCAAUGAUGGACCUGGAAAAUGAUAUCCGUUGUUCUUCUAUCAGUCGCUUGAGUCAGACUACAUCUGUUAAACGAGGAGGCAGCUUUCAGUCUCCACGUGAUGAUGCUUUUCGCUUCAAGGGACCUCAGCAAGUAAUGUUUGUUGAAAACUUAACUGAUGUUGUUAUCAGCCAACUGCCUAAUUUCUGGAAGUUGUGGAUUUCCUACGUUAAUGGGAGCUUAUUCAGUGAGACUGGUGAAAAAUCUGGUCAAGUUGAGAAAUCUAAGAAAAAUGCAAGGCAAAAACAAAAUGACUUCAAGCAAAUGAUUCAGGAAGUCAUGCAUUCUUUGGUGAAGCUCAUCCGUGGUGCUCUUUUGCCAUUCAGUCUAAGUCAGUUGGAGCAGAAACAGUAUGGUGGAUGGGAGCUAAAGUCUGAACUUUCAGGACAAUGGUUAACCUAUGUUAUUCAUACCGUAAGGUCAAGCUAUGAAGCACUAGCUGCAUUGGAAAUACCCAAUGACCUACUGCAGGUUAUCCAGGAUCUAAUCCUGGACCUCAGAAUUCGUUGUCUAAUGGUGACAUUGCAGCAGACUACAGAAGAUGUUAAAUCCCUGGCUGAGAAAGAAGAUUGGAUUGUUGAUAAUGAGGGCAUCACUUCAAUGCCUUCAAAAUUUGAGCAGUGUGUAUUUCAAACACUACAAUCGCUUAAGGAGCCUUUGGAGUGCAAGACAGGUGAAGUUAAUAUUUUUCAACAAGAGAGAGCCCAAGAUCAAGUGUCUGAGCUUUGUAUCGGAAUUAUGAAGGUGUUUGUAAAUUGCAUGGAACAGUUAAGCAGUAAACCUGAUGGUGACAUUGACACAUCACGGGUUUCAGUUGACCUCACUUCUCCUGACCUUUCUUAUGGUAUUCAUGAAGAUAUUAGACCCACCCUUGAGAAGCGACUGCUAAUAAUUGUUAGUAACUGCCAAUACCUGGAAAAGCAUACUUUUAUUAAUUUGGUUGAGCACUUUGAAAAGCAUGGUUUUCCAGGGUCUGAGAAAAUCUCCCGGGUCAGCAUAGAGUCUAUACGAGACUUGGAUCAGCGACUCUUUGAGACUUACAUUGAACUUAAAGCCGAUCCCAUUGUUGGAUCUUUGGAGCCGGGAAUUUAUGCUGGUUAUUUUGACUGGAAAGACUGUGCACCACCAACAGGUGUAAGAAACUACUUAAAAGAAGCUCUUGUGAAUAUUAUUGCCGUACAUGCUGAGGUAUUUGCAGUCUCUAAGGAAUUGGUUCUAAGAGUGAUAUCCCGAAUUGUGGAAGCUGUUGCAGAAGAAAUGAGUCGGCUAAUGCAGUGUGUUUCUUCUUUCAGUAAGAAUGGUGCUUUGCAGGCAAGGCUGGAAAUAUGUGCCCUGAAAGAUGCCAUUGUAUCGUAUCUUUCUUCUGAAUGCAUUCGCAGCUUUAAACAGGCUCUUGAAGCUUUGCCUCAGCUACAGAGUGGAGCAGACAAAAAGUUACUAGAAGAACUCUUGAACAAGUUUAAAAGCAGCAUGCAUUUGCAACUGACGUGUUUUCAAGCCCCUACUAUCUACCCAGUAAAAACAUAAGCUCGAAGAGACAUAUCUAAACAUGCAAUCCCUGUAAUUAAUUUUAUUUUCUUGUUUUAAACCCUAUAAGUAAGAACACUGUUCAGGGUUGUUUUUUUUUUUUUUUUGAUUGGUGUGCAUGUACUCAUCCCUUUUCAUUUUUUUAUUUUAUUUUUUUGUUCAGCUAGGUUUUAAAUGUGGAAACCCACUGCUCUAUUCACUAAAGACACACUGAUGAACUGCAGUUAAUGUUCUGCAAACAUGUUCUUACUACAGGCUUAUACUUUGGAAAAAAUUAUCAAAUCUGUUCUUAGUACUAAACAAUUAUUAUGUUGAUACCAAAAUAUUCUUACAGAUUCUGCGUUAAAUAUGUGUCCUAGUAUUCUGUUACAGAAGUUACUAUAUGUACUGAAUGACUGAAAUGUUUUCUUUUUAAUUUCUUUCGGUAAGGAAUGUGAUGUACAUACACAGAAGAUGUGAGGUGUAACAAAUCAGUUUUUCUUCAUUAUGUAUUAAAAGUCUUUAUAAUGGGUUCAUUUUCAUGUUUAAUAUUUGUUAUGAAGAAUAAUGAAGUGAAAAAUGUUCAUUCUUGUUUAAGAUUUAAGCUCAAAUGUAUAAGAAACCGAACACUAGUUUACUUAAUUUUGAUUUUCACCUUGCACUACUGAUGUUAGCUUUACUUUAUUAAAUACUGCAAAGAACAUACUAACUACAUGACUGUAUUUGUAUAUUUAAGAAUUUGCAUUAUCUAAUAGAUAAACAGUCUUGUGAAGAAUAAUACAUGUGGGUGAAAGCAUAUUAUUCACUGUUUAUCCUUCGAAACUAUAAUUAAUGCACCAUUUGUUUUUAAUUUUACAAUUCGGAUGGUAUUGAAAAGUUAAUUCAGGGAAAGCAUUGUGUUUAAUUUUUAAAAAAUCUAAAUGUUUUUUCACUUAUAACAGUGAAAUACCAGCUUUGUCAUUAAAGAAUUCAGCCCAGACUGGGCAGGAAAGGGUAAUACACACAAACUGUCAAUAGUUUAAUCUCAGACUCAAAGUCCAAAAUUGAGAUUGACCCAUGAUUGGAUCAUUUAAGGACAUACAAUUACUUUUUUCUUUUUAUACUACCAAGUGUGCAUUGUACAGUAUACACUGCUGAUUUGGGUGGAUUUCUUUCUACAGAUCCCUUUUGUUUUAACCUCUUUCCUUACUCCUAAUUUCUGUAGCUUUUCAGUGUCACUUGAAUAUCAAAUAAAUGGCAUGAAGUGUAUUAUGCAAAGGGGUACUCAGUUGACACAAGUACUAUUAAACCUUUCUUGUAUUUUGUAUGUUACCAGCAUUUACUUUUUGUUUUAGUUUUUAUAAGAUUAUAAUGAUCACAUUAUUACCUUUCAUCCUAGUCUUGAACUGAUGAAUAACUGCCUUAUCACAGAUGUUUAUAAUAAUUUAAAAUUUUGAUUUAGUUUGGAUAUAUUCUGAAUAUGAAAUUCUAUUUGAAAAUUA